AUGCCGCCGCCCACACUCUCAUAUGGACUUAAUCUUGCUUCGAAUAAAAGGCCCUCCGCAGCCUCCAAAGAACCGCUAGCGACGAAGAAGCGAAAAAAGACCAUCUUUGAUUCCGAUUCCGAAAGUGACGAUGGGACCUUACAAUCAACCGCUCAUGAAGAGAUCACAACCCUCGGUGGGCUGGUUUCCCCAAACAGUCAACCGCAAGCCGAGCCAACCUCGAAGAGGCAUCAAAAGACAACCCAGAGCAAUACUUUUCAAGAUAUAUUAGGGAAAAAAGAUAAAGACUACACCAACCUCUCCUCUCUUCAUAGCAGCAAUAAAUAUUCGAAGACCGCUACUUCCGUUGAUUCCGGGAUUUAUGAAUAUGACUCCGUCUAUGACUCCAUCCACUCUAAGCCCGCUAAACCUGAAUCUCCCACCACAACUGCUCCUUCGGGUCCAAAAUACAUGACGUCUUUACUUCGAAGUGCUGAAGUGCGCAAGCGUGAUCAACUCCGUGCGCGUGACAAGCUACUAGCUCGUGAGCGUGAAGCCGAGGGCGAUGAGUUUGCUGAUAAAGAGAAAUUUGUCACAGCCGCGUAUAAAGCGCAGCAGGAAGAGGUGAAGCGAAUUGAAGCCGAAGAGGCUGUUAGAGAAAAAGAGGAAGAAGCAAGGAGAAAAAAGGGCCUUGGUAUGAUGGGAUUUUAUAAAGAUAUGCUAGAGAGGGAUGGGCGAAGACACGAAGAAGCGGUUAAAGCUGCAGGAGAUGCAGUGAAAAACAAAGAUAAAGUACAAGAUAAAGCCAAAGAAGAAGACGAAGAAAAGUCCUCAGCACAGGUUGCCGCGGAGCUUAAUUCGCGAGGCGCUAACAUCAUUGUUAACGAUGAAGGAGAAGUGGUUGAUAAACGGCAGCUACUUUCUGCCGGAUUAAAUGUUGCCACUAAGCCCAAGUCAAAAGUUAUACCGGCCCAAUCAAAUGCUGAAUCACGCGAGCAGCAGCUACAAGGAAGUCGCUUUGGGCAGACACCAUCUGCCCGCUCACAGCAGCGAGCUCGCCAGACCGAAAUGGUGACUGCACAGCUGGAGGAGAGGAUGCGCAAAGAACAAGAGGAGGAAGAAGCUCGAGCGAAGGAGUUGGUAGAGAAGACUAAAAGCAAGAAGACAGACAGUGACGUGAUGAGUGCCAGGGAGCGUUAUCUUGCUCGAAAGAGAGAGAGAGAACAAGCCAAAUCUUAG